AUGCCUCCAGUGCAGCAGCUGCCGGAAGAGAGCGUGGGCACAGAAGUGGGGCUCCUGCAGCUGCUCGGGGAGCCCCCGCCCCAGCAGGUCACCCAGAUCGACGACCCUGACGUGGGGCCGGCCUACGUCUUCGGCCCAGACGCCAGUGGCGGCCUGGUGGCCCGGUACCACUUCCCCAGCCCGUUCUUCCGUGACUUCUCACUGCUGUUCCACGUGCGGCCGGCCACCGAGGGCGCGGGGGUGCUGUUCGCCAUCACGGACGCGGCGCAGGCAGUGGUCUCGGUGGGCGUGAAGCUGUCGGCCGUGCGCGAUGGCCACCAGCACGUCCAGCUGCUGUACACGGAGCCUGGCACAGCCCAGACGCACACGGCCGCCAGCUUCCGCCUGCCUGCCUUCACCGGCCAGUGGACGCGCCUUGCACUCAGCGUGGACGGCAACACCGCGGCACUCUUUGUGGACUGCGACGAGUUCCAGAAGGUGCCCUUCGCACGAUCCCCGCGGGGCUUGGAGCUGGAGCCUGGCUCUGGCCUCUUCGUGGCCCAGGCCGGAGGAGCGGACCCCGACAAGUUCCAGGGCAUGAUUGCAGAGCUGAGGGUGCGUGGGGACCCCCAGGUGAGCCCCCUGCACUGCCUGGACGAUGACGAUGACGACGAUGACGGGGCGUCGGGAGACUUCGGAAGCGGACAGGAGAACCGGGAGCUGCUCAGGGAGGACGCGGGCAUGUCCCUAAAACCCAGGCUCUCCGAGGCUCCCCCAGUCACUUCUCCACCCUUGGCUGGAGGCAGCAACUCAGAAGAUUCCAGAACUGAAGAGAUGGAGGCGACCACAGUGUCUUCGUUAGGAGACCCCCCAGCUCAGACACUUCCUGGCUCAAAUACAGUCACCACCUUGGACGAGAGUGUCCGGAGCCCUGGAGACGGCAUGGAAGAGGGUCUCGCAGGCCCAGUGGUGCAGAGCGCCGGUGCACAGCCUGUUCCCGGGCCACAGGGACCCCCGGGACCCCAAGGGCCACCAGGAAAGGAUGGCACCCCCGGAAGGGACGGUGAGCCAGGUGAUCCUGGAGAAGAUGGAAAACCCGGUGACACUGGGCCGCAGGGCUUCCCGGGAACCCCAGGGGACGUGGGCCCCAAGGGCGAGAAGGGGGACCCUGGGGUGGGGUCAAGAGGACCCCCAGGACCCCAAGGGCCUCCGGGGCCACCAGGACCAUCCUUCAGACCUGACAAGCUGACCUUUAUCGACAUGGAAGGGUCCGGAUUCGGCGGUGACCUGGAGAGCCUCCGAGGCCCAAGAGGCUUCCCCGGCCCCCCAGGACCCCCCGGCGUCCCCGGCCUCCCCGGAGAGCCAGGCCGCUUUGGGGUGAACAGCUCGGUCGUCUCAGGACCUGCGGGCCUUCCCGGAGUGCCCGGGCGGGAUGGGCGCCCUGGGGUCCCCGGCCCCCCGGGACCCCCAGGUGCUCCAGGAAAAGACGGACGACCAGGAGAGGACGGCCAGAAAGGCAGCCUCGGCAAAGGGGGUGCCCCAGGACCUAAGGGAGCCAAGGGGGACCCCGGCCCCAUUGGCGCUCCUGGGAAGAGCGGCUUGACAGGACCCCCUGGAUCAGCAGGACCACCAGGCCCCCCCGGCCCCCCUGGGCCUCCAGGACCAGGACUGGCUGCUGGGUUUGAUGACAUGGAAGGCUCCGGGGGACCCUUCUGGUCGACAGCCCGAGGCGCCGACGGUCUGCAGGGACCCCCCGGAAUCAAGGGGGAUCCUGGAAUAGCCGGGCCAUCAGGACCCAAGGGAGAGGCUGGUGCAGAUGGGCCCCCCGGAUUCCCUGGCCUCCCCGGCAGAGACGGUGUGGCUGGAGCCCAGGGUCCAAAAGGAGAAAAGGGGACCCAGGGAGAGAAAGGCGACCCAGGGAAGGAUGGCGUGGGGAAGCCAGGCCCUCCAGGGCCCCCCGGACUUCCAGGACCCAUCAUCUACCUGUCAGAGCAGGACAGAGCUGUGGCCCUCUCCCAUGGGGUCAAGGGCCAGCCGGGGAACGCGGGACUCCCAGGACCAGCCGGGCCAGUGGGAGACGUGGGGUCCAGAGGCCAACAGGGACCCCCAGGACCCAAGGGCGAGAAGGGUGAGCCGGGUGCGGUCUUUGGCCCCGACGGCGGAGUGCUGGCCCCUUCCCUGAAAGGAGCCAAGGGAGAGCCUGGCUUCCGAGGACCCCCGGGUCCAUAUGGAAGGCCUGGGCACAAGGGAGAGAUCGGCUUCCCUGGGCGGCCGGGCCGCCCCGGGAUGAACGGAUUCAAAGGGGAAAAAGGGGAACCGGGAGAUGCCAGUGUCGGAUUUGGUGCGAGGGGCCCACCUGGCCCCCCAGGACCUCCAGGGCCCCCAGGCCUUCCCGGGACCCCUGUGUAUGACAGCAAUGCGUUUGUGGAGCCUGGCCCGUCUGGACCUCCGGGAUUGCCAGGGCAUGCGGGGCCUUCGGGACCAAAGGGUGACAAAGGAGAAGUGGGUCUUCCUGGCCCACCAGGGCAGUUCCCGUUCGACCUGCUCCAGCUGGAGGCUGAGAUGAAGGGGGAAAAGGGCGACCGAGGCGAUGCCGGGCAGAAAGGAGAGAGGGGAGAACCUGGGGGUGGUGGCUUCUUUGGCUCCAGCGUACCUGGACCCCCCGGCCCGCCAGGCUACCCUGGGAUUCCGGGUCCCAAAGGAGAGAGCAUCAGGGGCCAGCCCGGCCCACCCGGACCGCAGGGACCCCCUGGCAUCGGCUGGGCGGGACGCCAGGGGCCUCCCGGGCCCCCAGGCCCUCCCGGGCCCCCAGGACCCCCUUCCUUUCCUGGCCCUUACAGGCAGACUAUCAGCGUUCCUGGGCCCCCAGGUCCACCUGGCCCCCCAGGGCCCCCUGGAACCAUGGGCACCUCCUCAGGGGUCAGGAUGUGGCCCACGUACCAAAGCAUGCUGGACAAGGUCCCCGAGGUGCCGGAGGGCUGGCUCAUGUUCGUGGCCGAGAGGGAGGAACUGUACGUCCGUGUCCGGAACGGGUUCAGGAAGGUGGUGCUGGAGGCCCGGAUGCCACUCCCACGUGGGACGGACAAUGAAGUGGCUGCCUUGCAGCCGCCCCUGGUGCAGCUGCACGAGGGCAACCCACGCCCUCGGUGGGAUCCAGCCCCAUCCACGGCGCGGUCCUGGCGGGCAGACGACAUCCUGGCCAGCCCCCCGCGCCUGCUGGAGCCCCAGCCCUACCCCGGAGUCCCACACCACGGCUCUUACGUGCACCCCCGGCCGGCCCGCCCCACUGGCACUCCUGCCCACACCCACCAGGACUUCCAGCCGGUGCUGCACCUGGCCGCGCUCAAUGGGCCGCAGCCUGGCGGCCUCCGCGGCAUCCGGGGCGCCGAUCUCCAGUGCUUCCAGCAGGCGCGAGCCGCGGGGCUGGCGGGCACCUUCCGCGCCUUCCUGUCCUCGCGUCUGCAGGACCUCUACAGCAUCGUGCGCCGUGCUGACCGCACCUCCGUGCCCGUUGUCAAUCUCAGGGAUGAGGAGCUGUUUCCCAGCUGGGGGGCCCUGUUCUCUGGCUCACAGGGCCAGCUGAAGCCUGGGGCUCGCAUCUUCUCCUUUGAUGGCAAAGAUGUCCUGCAGCACCCUGCCUGGCCCCAGAAGAGCGUGUGGCAUGGCUCAGACCCCAGUGGGCGCCGGCUGACUGAGAGCUACUGUGAGACCUGGCGGACGGAGGCUGCAGCGGCCACGGGCCAGGCCUCCUCGCUGCUGGAGGGCCGGCUGCUGGGGCAGAACGCCGCGAGCUGUCACAAUGCCUUCAUCGUCCUCUGCGUGGAGAACAGCUUCAUGACCUCCUCCUCCAAGUAGGGCUAGUGCUGGCGUGGUGCUCGGACGGGUGGACGGACGGACAGACGGCCGGAGAGGAGGCCAGGCGGCGGGGCAGUGGAGAAGCCCCCAGUGCCAGGAGGGAGUGUCGGCUGGCACCCCAGGGUGGGGACCCAGCUGGGACACUUUCCUGUGUGGUUCACAUUUCAUGUAAUCCUCCAGAAAUAAAAGGAAGCCAAAGAGUAUUUUUUAAAAAGUCUAAAACCAAAA